AUGUCGAUUAUUGCGUUACAAAUCAUUCUUGUUUUACCAGUAACUGUUGCAAGUAAAGAACAUGUUGCAAGUAUAGAACGUGUUGCAAGUAUAGAACGUGUUGCAAGUAUAGAACGUGUUGCAAGUAUAGAACGUGUUGCAAGUAUAGAACGUGUUGCAAGUAUAGAACGUGUUGCAAGUAUAGAAUGUGUUGCAAACAAAAUUCAUUUUUUUACCUCCGGAUUUUUACAACAUUAUACCUAUUUUGAUGAAAUAGUAUAUUUCAUGCUUGACGAUUAUAUUAUUUCGAAUCUCCUACGCGAGGAGCUAGAUGAAAAAGGUGUUUAUCACUCAGAAUGUUACAAAAUGUUUACCCACCGUAAAAGUUUGCAACGUUUGUUUGAACAACACAUUAUAUUUAUUGCAAGCAAUCCUGAAACUAAACCCAUAGUAGACAUAGAUGAAUCAGAAGAUUCAAGUCAAAUGUCAAACGGUAAAGGAAAAUUGCUCUAUUCAAAAUCUCAAGAAUACAACAAAGAACUUUGUAUAAUUUGCAAAUGUGAAGGUGGUGAACUUCGGAAAGUUAAGUUUACAGAUGGGAAAAAAAUGUUAAAAGUUUUCAAGACGCUUAAUGAUCAAGAAUUCUUUCUUAGAAUGAACACUAUCCCAAAUUCUGAUGACGCCGUUGCAAAUGAUGUUAAAUACCACUUAAAGUGUUGGGUAACAGUGCAGAGAUCUGUUAAACUGAGAACAACUCAAGAAGAAAUUCAAGAAUUGAAUGAUAUUGGGCGGAUUAUUGCAGAUGUAGAAAUCAUUGGUUUAGUUCAUUCUAACUUAAAAGAAGAUGAUUUUGCUAUAGAUAUGAACAACAUCAAUAAAACUUAUAAUAACUUAAUUGGGAAUAAUGAACAGACUGAGAUCAAAAAUGGUUUAGGAAACGUUGUUGUUAAAAAGAUACCAAAUAAUCAAUGUGCAUUUAUACCUCCUAAUAUUCACAUAGGAAUGCCAUUGCACUUUGCUAUUGAUAACAUUGACUUUAAGAACGACACUGCUGACGGAAAAUUUGAAUUUCAUGGAACCAAAUGGGUUGCAUUUCAAAAUAACUCAAAUGCUAAAGGAAAGAUGCUCAAGAUACAGCAUACAAACAAUAAAAAUUUGACCACGCUUGUUAUUCAAAACAAUAGGUACCGUUUAGGUUGUUGUAAUCCGGAAAGCUCCGUGUUGCGGGAUAAUAUGGAAGUUUCAGAGCCUCAAAAAAGUAUAAAUGAUGUUGUAAGCAGUGUUAAAUCAGAAGGAUUGUUUGAUCAGUUUCGUAAAGAAUGUUUGGAGGAGUUCGAUAAUAUGGACAAUUAUAGACAGUUAAAGCAACAAGUAGAAAAUCAUGUUGCUUCAUUUCUUUCCAAGCAUAAAUAUGAUAUCAGUCUUCAAAAGAAUAUGUUGCGAAAUGAGCUAAGAAAUCAUAUUACCAAAUCCGAAGUUAUAUUGAACAGUGUCAAGCAUUUAGUGGAUGAAGUAUUGAGUGCAAAAGGACACAGUUUUUGUUUAAUAAUUGAUAAGCAGGUGGAUAAAUAUUUAAAUAAAGAUAAACAAUCUCAAACUACUGCCGACACAACUUUUAAAGAAGAAACUGAGGUAACUGAAAUAGAAGAAGUUCAAAUGGAACUCAACGAUAAAGUUGAAAUUGAAGUUGAUGUGAAUAAUGUAACUAAUAAUGAGAAACAAAUAAAUAGAUGCAACGAGGAGAAUAGUACUAAUGAACAAAUAAAUGGAAUUUUAGAAGAAGGAAAACAUAGGCUUGAUAGGCAUAUAGAUACUACCAUAAAUUGUUCUACGAAUUUACCAAGUAACAAAUUAACUUUAGAUAACAGAAAAGAUGACGCUUCAGAUAGUUAUAAAGCUAACAAUCAAUCGGAAUCUAAUAGUUUUGUUGAAAAUGCAAAAAUUUCUGUAGCUACUAGUUCCAGCGAAAAUAAAACUUUUAAUAUGAUGUCGAUUGAUAUGAGUAGUAAAAAUGUAAAAGAAAAAGAAAAAAACUUACGUCGGCGUUCUUCUCGAACAAGAAUUGUUCCAUUGAAGUACCGUGAUGAAGGUGAAUCUGAUUCGGGAAAUGAAGGCAGAAAAAAACACAGGCGUUCGCGCAAAAUGUUAGAUGAUACGGAAUCAAUAUCCAGUAAUGAUGUUGAUGAUAAUCAAGAUAGAAGUAUUGUUAUUACUAUUAAAUCAAAAAAACAUGAUAACGACACAGACUCGAUUUCUAGUAAUGAUGCAGAUAUGGAUAGCAAACCGAACAAACUUAUCAUUAAAAUAGAUGAUUCUUUGCAAAAAAAUAUAGAAUCUUUGAAUAAAAACUCAAAGUUAAAUGACGGAAAUGUAGCUCUUGGUUCGAACAAAGAUUCGUCUAAGUUUCUUGAUGAAAAUUCAAAAAUAAAACGAGGACGACCACGUAAAAGAAACAGCACUAGCGAAUACAGAAAACGUAAACAUUCUUCUGUAACAAAUGAAAACGAAUCUGAUGACGAAAGUAUUGUCUCUAAAAGAGGCAGACGUUCGUUCAGAAGGCAAUGUUACUCGCCUUCGUAACUUUGUAGAGUUUGCAAUGAUAAUAGUAAUAAUAACAAUAAAAGAAAAACAAAACUUUA